CUGAGAUCACGGAAUUAAAAAGAGAAAAGGCUGAAUUCUUGGCCAAGGAAGCGGGUUUUAUAGCUAGAAUUAUGGAAUUAGAACAAACUUUAAAAGAUUAUGAAGCUAGGUUUGUAAAUCUCGAGCGAAAAGAUAAUGAAAAGACCAUUCAUAUGGCAAAGAUAGAUGAUGAAAUUAAGGAGAUUAAAAAUUCUUCGGUCUGUGAAGCGGGAUACUCUGUAUCUAAUACCACACUUACCGAAAUGAAAAAUUUCGUUGAUACACCUGCGUUUGAUAUCAAUAGUGGAGCUAGUGUUAAAACACAUAAUGCCCCAAUUUCUAGCCACUCUGUAAACACUCUCGGUAUCAAUGCUCCUAAUAAUGCUUCAAAUUCUGAUAUUACUGAAAAGGUAGAAAAGGUUCAUAUAUACCAGGAAAAAGAUAAACCUAAAUCUCUGGAAGAUAAAAUGGUCGACGAUUUUCUGGAUUCGGUAUGUAAGGAUUUUUCAUCCAAAAUCGAUCAGAAUAUUUCAGAAGAACCUAUUAGUCAAACACAAAGUACCGUUUCUUCUGAAGUAAAAAUUCCCUAUAAUCAAAAGGUUGAACAAGGUUUAAUAUAUGAGUUAUCUACAUUUACUAAUGAGAAAAGCCUUUCGAAUUCCAUAUCUAAUAAACAAAUUCUUGAAAAUAUGCUAGAUGGCGAUAAUUCAGCACCGGACAUAUCAAAUAUUGAGGUAAGUGCAUCGCCCACUCUAAACCUCUUUCCAUUAAAGAAAAUGCUGUCAAAAGAAAUGCGUAAUCAAGUCAUUAAUAAAUUAACCACACAUUUUAUCGAUUCACCAAAGUUGGAUAAAAAUAAUAGCAUAGAUACAGAAG